AUGGACAACCCAUUGGCAAAGGUUCUCAAUCCCACGUUAGAGGCUCCAACAACAGGUUGUGUCACGACCCACGGCGAUGGCGUUGAUUUCAUUCAGCGAGAAGAGAACUUUGGAGAUUCGGUGGGGCUUGCGAUCGAUUGCCUUGGGGGAGUGUUCAGUUUGUUGAGCUUGGUGUUUAAGGAGAGCUUUGACGGCAUUGCGGCGGCCAACUACAUUGGAAUCGUAGUCCUAGAGCUCGCAAUCUUUGCUCUGUACUUCAUCCUCAACCCUCGCGCUCGUAGACAAAGGCAAGAGCAAGAAGCAAAAUCUGGAUCAACUGCACCAGUAACAGCAGCGCAGGACAUCGAGCAGACCCCCGCCGAAGCUGCCGUUGUCAUUGAAACGCCAGAAUGGUCAAGACACACAGCUUGGGAUGAGAAGCCACCCACUCUCCCAACAAAUCAGCAACACUCGCAGAAUCUACUACCACCCGCAUAG